AUGGACGAAGUCGGCAUAAUCUUGCUCACGCUGUUCCUCUUCCUCCUCGUCCUGGGUCCACUGUACAGACCAAUCUGCGUCACAUAUUCGCGAGUCAAGGACCACCGAAGAUUCAAUCCUAAAUCGUCCAGGGUUAGAGAUGCUCGUCGAAAGCUGAGCACUGUAUCCGAAUGCACGACAAUCAGCCCGGAAAAGCUGGACAUGGAGUCGAGUCUUAAUCAACACGACUCAACGCCCGAGUGUCCCAUAUGCAUCGGGCCACUGUUCGUCCCAAGCAACAUCCAUACGACUGGCUCAAGCCCGAUGCAGGCAGUGCCCUCGCAUGCUUCGGGCUCGGGCGGGGGCAGCGAUGUUCCAGAAGAAAGUGAAGGGCGACAAACGCAUAGGGGUUUUGGCAUUCGCAGUGUCCGGGAGAAGCUUGCAGCGAGCAAUUGCAACUGGCGUGUGAUGCAGCUGUGGGACGAGAAGACGGGCAACUCGCAGGGCGACUCGGGCGACGACGAUAUCCUGACGCUCAAGAGCUGCCACCACGCUUUUCACGCCAAGUGUCUUUCAUCGUGGUUCUUGAUUGAGCGGUACGACUGUCCCGUCUGCCGGAGCCCGUACUGGCAGACGCGGGAAAUGAGGGCCCGGGCGGCAUCCGCACCACCGGGAGCCGGUGGAGGUCACAAUGCCGGAAUUGCGAGUCCGGCACCUGCAAGGGUUCGCGGGCUUACGGUUGAGCGACUUAGCGUGCCAAAUUUUUGA